GUCCGAAGCUUGCACGGAAAAAUUGAAAUGGACAUGUCAGCUAACCCUAGUGGGUGCGCUUCGAAUCUUAGCUUGGCAGUGACAGAUUACUUUGGAACUGUCUCACGUAUCAGUCCUCUGAUUGAUAUCUCUCCAACAUGUGCUGAAACCUAGGACCCAUUCUCUUGCCUUGUUUAACUCAGAAGAAUCAGUAGGAGAAGAAGAAUGGGAGAUGGUUGAGAGGAAAGGGAUGCAAUUUACCCAAAAUGGACAACCAUUCUACGUGAAUGGCUUCAACACAUACUGGAUGAUGGUUCUUGCAGCUGACAAUUCCACGAGAGGCAAAGUGACGGAAGUGUUCCAACAAGCCUCCGCAGUUGGAAUGACGGUAGGCAGGACAUGGGCUUUCAAUGACGGCCAAUGGAGAGCUCUCCAAAAAUCUCCCUCUGUUUACGAUGAAGAGGUCUUCAAGGCCCUGGAUUUCGUGGUGAGCGAGGCCAGAAAGUACAAGAUCAGACUUAUACUGUCAUUGGUCAACAACUGGGACGCAUAUGGCGGCAAAGCUCAGUAUGUUAAAUGGGGGAACGCCUCCGGCCUUAAUCUCACCUCUGAUGACGACUUCUUCACCAACCCCACUCUCAGAAACUUCUACCAGUCUCAUGUCCGGACGGUGCUGAAUAGAGUGAACACCUACACAAACAUAACUUACAAGAACGACCCCACAAUCUUCGCCUGGGAACUCAUGAAUGAGCCUCGCUGCCCCUCUGAUCCCUCCGGUGACAAACUCCAGUCCUGGAUACAAGAAAUGGCGGCUUUUGUGAAAAGCAUAGACGCUAAACAUUUGGUGGAGAUCGGACUUGAAGGCUUUUAUGGUCCCUCUGCCCCUGCGAGAACCAGAUACAAUCCCAACUCCUACGCUGCACAAGUCGGAACUGACUUCAUCAGAAAUAAUCAGGCUCUUGGCGUCGAUUUUGCUACGGUUCACGUUUAUCCAGAUACCUGGAUAUCUCCCUGUAGGAUAUCUCCGGCAGUAUCAAACUCUUUCUUGGAAUUCACUAGCUCUUGGAUGCAAUCUCAUGUGGAGGACGCAGAGAUGUACUUGGGAAUGCCGGUUCUGUUCACAGAGUUUGGUGUGUCCGCACAUGACCCUGGUUUCAACACAUCUUUCCGUGACAUGAUGUUGAAUACGGUGUACAAGAUGACCCUCAACUCAACAAGGAAAGGAGGGGCUGGUGCUGGAAGUCUAGUGUGGCAGGUCUUCCCUCAGGGAGCAGAGUUCAUGGAUGACGGCUACGCAGUUUACCUCACAAGAGCGCACACCGCUUCAAAGAUCAUAUCUCUGCAGUCGAAGCGACUCGCCAUCUUUAACUCCUUGUGUAGCUGGAGAUGCAAGUGGGGAUGCAAGAAAAAGAAUCACACUGCUCUAGAUGCCCUCCUCUCGCACGACGAGCUUUAAGUAUCACAACCUUUUGUGAAUCACAAGAAUACAAUGAUAAGUGUAUACAGGUGUUUAAUAUUAUUUAUAUAUGUGAAUCAAGAUGAGUGUUUAAACUUACCUUGGAGGGAGAUUCCAGACGAGUA